AUGAAGUUCUCUACUCCAAUUGUCCUUGCUGCUGCUGCCUCCCUUGCCACUGCUGCUGACUCCCUGUCCUCCUCCUGGACUUGGACCAGAACUAUUACUAAUAAUGAUAUGACUUAUACCAAGGAAGGUACCGAGCUUUACACUGGCCAAGCAACUACCGAGCCAACCUCCGGUACAGUGACCACCACCAUAGGUUUCACAAACGAAAAGGGCGAGAGCACCCGUUUCAAGACCAUGACCAAUACCUACGGUCAAGCCACUACUAUCACUACCAACCAGGUCGUGUCUGGUCCUGAUGAAACCUACACUAGACCUUUGGUUCAGGCUAUGCACACCUCCGAAGUGUCCAGCUUCUUGUCCUCUCACUCGUCUAUGAUGUCUGCUGCUUCUGAGGCUGACGAGUUCACCUCCAAGCACGGUACUAUGGCUGCUAAGACUCACGCUAAGUUUAGUGGUUCCAGCUUUGCUACUGAGAGUGGCUCCAGCACUGCCGCUUCUUCUGGUUCUUCUUCUUCUGACGGUGCCGGUAACGCUUUGCAGUACGGUGCCGGUCUUGGUGCCUUUGGUGCUGCUGCUGCUUUGCUUUUGUAA